AUGAAUAUCCGUUGUGCGAAGCCCGAAGACCUGAUGAACAUGCAGCACUGCAAUUUGCUCUGUCUGCCGGAAAACUAUCAGAUGAAGUACUACUUCUACCAUGGCUUGACGUGGCCCCAGGUCAGCUAUGUGGCGGAAGACGAUAAGGGCAACAUCGUCGGGUACGUGCUUGCGAAAAUGGAAGAACCGGAACCGGGCGAGGAGAGCACGCACGGUCACAUAACAUCGCUGGCAGUCAAACGUUCCUACCGGAGGCUGGGGCUUGCACAGAAGCUCAUGAACCAGGCGUCGAAGGCGAUGGUGGAGUGCUUCAACGCUCAGUAUGUGUCGCUGCAUGUGCGCAAGUCGAAUAGGGCUGCCUUAAACCUGUACACCAACUCGCUGGGCUUCAAGAUACUGGAGAUCGAACCGAAGUACUACGCCGACGGCGAGGAUGCUUACUCGAUGCGGCGCGAUCUUUCCGAGCUGGCGGUUCCGAGUCCGGCAGCUGCAGAGCAAGCUCCGGCGGAGACCGCUGAAGAACGGGAAGCAAUGAUGAACGAGAUGCACGAACGUUGGGGUGCGGGCAUUCACGGAGUAGAGGUUUCGAGAGGACAUCAUGGACACUGCUGUUAGUGAGGGAUCGUUGGGAGCAAUUUGCUCACCCGGUAACUGGACAAACAAAACGCUUUUAAAUGCUGCUAGGCCCAGCGGUAUACAAGUGCGAAUAGAAAGGGGAAAAAGGGCAAUAAAGUAAGGAUCUUUCAAGUAAAGGUUGUCUUCGUUCUCCCAA